AGAAGCUGCGCAGAUACGAUUCCAUGGACUUGGAAUCCGCCAAGGUUCCAACCCAUCACGGCCAUGGCCCCAAGGAUCUGGGAUGGACGGUGAUACUGCAACUAGCGUUCCAGAGCAUCGGCGUUGUGUACGGAGAUAUCGGCACAUCGCCGCUCUACGUCUAUGCCAGCACCUUCUCCGACGGUAUAAAGAAUAACGACGACGUGUUGGGUGUCCUCUCUUUGAUCUUCUACACCAUCACUCUCAUCCCUUUGAUCAAAUACGUCUUCAUCGUCUUACGAGCCAACGAUAAUGGUGAAGGGGGAACAUUUGCCCUAUACUCGCUGAUAUGCCGAUACGCAAGGGUAGGUUUGAUCCCAAGCCAACAAGCAGAGGAUCGUGAUGUAUCCAAUUUCCAGCUUGAAUUACCCAGCAAGCGUCUCCAAAGAGCUUCCAGACUCAAGUCUAAGCUAGAGAAGAACCAGUUUGCCAAAUUUUUUCUGUUGAUCAUCACCAUGCUCGGCACUUCCAUGGUCAUUGGCGAUGGCGUCCUCACCCCUUGCAUUUCGGUGUUGUCUGCUGUUAGUGGCAUCAAGAACGCUACAUCUGCAAUGACAGAAGAUAGGAUUGUUUGGAUAUCGACAGUAAUCUUGGUGUGCCUCUUCAUGGUUCAAAGAUUUGGAACAGACAAAGUGGGCUACACCUUUGCUCCCAUAAUUUGCGUCUGGUUCACACUCAUCGCCGGGAUCGGGAUUUACAAUUUCUUCAAAUUUGACCGAUCAGUCAUCAAAGCUAUAAACCCAAAAUACAUUGUGGAUUACUUCCAGAGAAACAAAAAGCAUGCAUGGGUUUCCCUUGGUGGUGUCGUUCUUGCCAUCACUGGGACGGAGGCGUUGUUUGCCGAUGUUGGUCAUUUCACGGUUCGCUCCAUACAAAUAAGCAUGUGCUCAGUGACUUACCCAGCUUUGAUCAUGGCCUAUACGGGGCAAGCCUCUUUCCUUCGUAAACACGAAGAUUUAGUCUCCGAUACUUUCUUUAAAUCCGUUCCAGGCCCUCUCUACUGGCCGAUGUUUGUGACGGCGGUGGCGGCUGCGAUUAUUGCGAGUCAAGCAAUGAUUUCAGGGGCUUUCUCUAUAAUCCAGCAAUCACUCUCGUUGGGGUGUUUCCCUCGUGUCAAAAUUGUCCACACAUCAGCCAAAUACGAAGGUCAAGUUUAUAUCCCUGAGGUGAAUUACUUGCUGAUGCUAGCCUGUGUUGGGGUUACUCUUGGAUUCAAAACCACAGAAAAAAUUGGCAAUGCUUAUGGGAUUGCAGUGGUGUUCGUAAUGACUCUAACAUCAUCCCUGUUGGUUCUCAUCAUGAUCAUGAUAUGGAAAACCGAUAUACUCUUCAUAAUCGCCUACGUUCUUAUCAUCGGCUCCGUCGAGUUUACCUAUUUGAGCUCUGUCCUCUACAAGUUCAAUCAAGGCGGCUACUUGCCGUUGGCUUUCGCGGUGGCCCUAAUGACCGUGAUGUAUGUUUGGAACAAUGUGUAUAGGAAGAAGUACAACUUCGAGCUUGACAACAAAAUCUCUCCCGAAAGAUUAAAGGAUAUUACAUCCGACACUAACCUAUGUCGAAUCCCGGGGCUUGCCCUGUUUUACUCGGAGCUUGUUCAAGGCAUUCCACCUAUAUUCGAACAUUAUGUAGCAAACAUACAAGCAUUGCAUUCGGUCCUUGUUUUUGUUUCCAUCAAAUCGCUACCGAUCAGCAAAGUUCCGGCCGAAGACCGGUUUCUAUUUCGAAGAGUGGAACCGAAUGAGCUAAGUGUGUUCCGUUGCGUCGUUCGAUACGGGUACACCGAUAUCCACAACGAAGAGGACUCGUUGGAGCGGAUUCUAGUCGAGAAGUUGAAAGAUUUCAUCAAGGAAAACAUAUGGUUGGCACAUGUUGUCGAUGGAAAGAAGGCUAUCCAAGGUGGAAACGAGAUGAACGGAGGGGAAGUCGGCAACGAAUGGCGAGAGACGGCGGAAAGAGAGAUAAGGGUGGUGGACAAAGCGUCGGAAGCUGGCGUCGUACACCUGAUAGGCGAAAGCGAGGUGAUUGCAAGCAAAGGGAGUGGGGUUGUUAAAAGGGUAUUGAUAGAUUAUGCUUACAAUUUCAUGAAGAAAAACUUGAGACAGAGUGAAAAGGCGUUUGAUAUCCCUCACAGGCGUAUGCUUAAGGUUGGCAUGACAUAUGAGUUGUAGAAUUAAUUAUUCGAUUUAUAUUUGAUGUCGGAUAUAAUUUUAUGUAUCUUUACAUAAAAUUAUA